UUACAAGUGCAGCAGCCGUAUUGGAUUCGGAUUUUUUGCAAUUAGCAAAUGCAACUUACUAGAGCACAUCACAGUGUCAAGCUGGAAAAGCAGCGAGUUUCGCUAAUUGUUGUUAUGCUGUCUGUUCAGACACAAGAUUAUAUUGAUGUAUUUCUUUACAUUUUAUCCAUGCAAACACUAAGAAACAGGUGGAGGAACAUCUAUGGUUUAGCUCUAUGCUCUCCAUUGGUUUAAUGAGAAGCAAACUGAUGUAAAAAUAAAAAGUUUAGGCUUGUAUUCAUUACAUUCUAUCAGCCAGCUCAGGCUUCCCCUGUUACAGCAGCAACUUUAGGGGCAUAGUUAUUUUAUUUCUAACUGGGAACUAACUGAAAAUCCAGCAACUAAAAACAAAGAGAAGCACACCACAGUUACAAGUUUUAAUAACCAGUGGCGUUUGGUAAUAGCUAUGAUGUUAUUUUUUAGGAAUACAAGGGGAUAAUGUUUUUGUCUCCAUUUUACACUUCCAAAUACUGAAGGAAGAUGUUCACUAAUAUAUAUUGUGAAGCACCGUGUUUUUUUUUACUAAUUCAAUAACAAACAAUUGUGCUAAUAAAUAUCGGCAUCUUUCACAGUGUUUUAUAUGUGCAGCAGCCCUAUGUGACACUGAACAUGAGCAUGGGUUCUCUCCGGGUACUCCGGUUUCAAAAACAUGAUUGCUAGGCUAACUGGUCUCUCUAAAUUGCCCUUAGAUGUGAGUGUGUGCAUGGUUGUUGGUCCUGUGUGUGUCUCUGUGUGGUCCUGUGAUGGACUGGCGACCUGUCCAGGUUUUACCCAAUGACCACUGGGUAUAGGCACCAGCUCCUGGCAAACCUGCAAGGAGAAGUACGUGAUAGGAUGAGGGGAUGGAUAUGCGGUGUAAUUAUAUGACAUAUAUGUGUAAUUAUCGCCAGACAUCCUAAGAUAAACGUAUAGGAAGUUUUAAACAUGUUUCAUCUGGAUUGACUAUCUACCUCUAUUCUUUUAAAGAGUUGCUUUAAUGAAUACAUAAAAGAGAGGCUUUUUUAGACCUAACUGUGCUGCGGAAGUGGCUGUUAAAACAGUGAGAGGGUUUUUGGGUGUGUGCAAAGGAAAUAAGAUAAGGAUUUGCAUACCUGAAAGGGUAUGAGGUAUGGAGUAAGCUGAGGAGUGAGAGAGAUUAAAUGCACUCCAGAGACUAUAUUCUGUAGGUUUCAUCAUGUCCGUCUACAGAACUGAAGGGAAACUCUUGUAUUUUCUUAUCGUUGUAAUGGCAGGAGCAGAGGUCCAGGACAACAUCUCACCGGAGUGUAAGCAGUUCUUGUACAUGGGGACUAUACCCCGAGGGCUUGAGGAGCAACCUUUGAAAAAGAUUUGCCAGUACUAUGCAGGCAAGCCGCGGUUCUUCACCCUCUACGAUUCCUUCAGCCACAUCCCCGUUUACUCUGCGUACACGUUCAAGCGCUCAGACGGUUCCAAAAAGGUCGAUAUACCCUGGAUGUAUGAGCCACAGCUUUCUUUGGUGUCUGGAUCCAGAGAGAUGGAGCCGUUCCCUUCUGCAAAUAUUCACAAGAGUUUUGAGGAUUCCCAGGCAGUGCUCGACGACUACUCCGACACUGUAAUCUUUGAAAGGGGCCAGCUGAACCCAGACGAGCAUCAGGCCGACCCAGAGGAUAAAGCGGCCACCUACACUCUGACCAACGUGGUUCCCAGGGUCCGAGAGUUCAACAUCGGCCCUUGGAAAAUGCACGAACACACCACGCGCAAGAGGCUGAACAACUACUGCCGUGGAACUGCCUAUGUGGUCACGGGGAUCACCACCUCAGGCCACACCAUUCGCCGCCAUAACAUCAACCGCCUGGGCAUCCCUACCUACCUCUGGUCGGCCUACUGCUGCGUUGAGUUUGAUCACAAUGCUCCCUACUCAGAGCGCUCAAAGUUCCCUGCGUUCGCUGCUUAUGGGCUCAACGACAGGGAAAACAACAAGGUUCAAGAGAUGACGGUUCAACAGCUGGAGGACUUCCUGAAGAGGGUAACAUAUGUCAGCAGCUCCUUCCAGAUCUUCUACGACAACUGUGUGCCUCCUAAUACUGCUAAUAGCCCACUGGCCUGAGAAAGGGAAAGUAGAAGAAUUCUUAGUUUUGCUAUGGCUACACAAUGUAGACAGUUUUAAUUCCUCUCUGUUAGCACCUUGACUUUCAGAUGUUUCCUGUAGUAACUUCUUAUUUCACUAAAUACUCAGCAAUCUCGCCCACAACAUGCAUCACUCAGCUCAGUAUAUUUUAGCUCUGUUUCUUUUGUGAAGCAUUACCAGGCUUUGGUUAUACACAAAUGCCCAUAAAUUCACAACUUACUUGGUUGUACUCUCUACUCACAUUAUCCGUUUUAUGGCAUCUGGCCGUAACUGGAGUGAUACCAGCCUGUGAAGGUCUUUUGUCCAGUCAAAACAGAUUAGACCAAUGUUUUACAUUUCCUAUGUCUGUGCACAGAAGCCAAGUCACAUAAAGAUGUUUCACUUGGCCAGGUCAAGAAUUUUGCUUGGGCUUUAAAAGGGAUUGUUCAGAGUUUGAGGGAGUCAGCAAGUUUUGUUAACAUUCAGAUUCUGACUCCUGAUGUUACACCGUGAUUUAAAUAAAUGUUAAUCUGAAAUUAAA